UCUCCGAGGCAUAGAUUAGACACGUAUGCUCCGAGGCAUUAGACAAUUUGCGGAGAUUUGAAUACAAAACUGUAUUUAUUCUUAAAAAAUUGUUGGGAAUCUCAGCAAAAAUAUUCUAAAAUAUGUCUUCAUAUAAGCCAAUUGAUUCUAAGAGAGAAGAGUUUCGGCGUUACUUAGAACGAGCGGGUGUAAUGGAUGCUCUUACUAAAGUUCUAGUAAGUUUGUAUGAAGAACCGGAUAAACCAGAAGAUGCCUUGGAAUAUGUACGCAAACAUUUAGGUUCUGAUGGAGGUGAAGACGAGCUUGAAGCAGCAAGAGCUCGUAUCGCUGAAUUAGAAGCUGAAAACGCAUUACUCAAAGGAGAUGCUGCACCUGCUGAAGGGUAAAUUGAGACAGGUUUUCAUUGCAUAGAUCUCAUCAAUUGAUCUCACAUGAAAGUAUUUCUAUUAAAACUUUAACUUAGUGUUAUAAAAUAAUAUUGUUAAAUUGUUGGUUAUUUUGGUUAAAAAAGUGCAGAUGAUGCAAUUAAGUUUUGUUCUUUGUUAAGUACUUGUUUGAUCUGAACUUUUUGAAAAUGGGAAAGAAGCAACUUGACAAAUAAAUAUAUAAUUUCAUUUGAA